ACUCGUAAGACUACCCCUCCUUUACCACCUGCAUAGUGUCUCACAUUCGCAGCACCGCAUCAAACACGCUACCACUUCUUCGACAUGAAGCUUCGUGCCUCCAUCCUCGCCCUCCUCACCACCUUCACCAUCCCCAUCGCCGCCGGCCCGAUCGGGUACGGCGUCUGCCAGGCCGGCUGCGCGGGACUCGUUAUGGCUUGCUACAGCGCCGCGGGGUUCACCUGGGGUGCUACUUUGGGCGCGACGGCUCCGGCGACCAUCGUCGCUUGCAACACGGCUUUUGGCUCCUGCCAGGCAGCUUGCGCGGCUGUCUUGUUGACUCCGACGCCUUAAGGAGGCCGAUAUGAGCGAAAUUUCAUGAAGUUCGAUCGAUGCUCGGCGUGCUUCGACGACGAAUUGGGGACGCUUUUCGGGCGAUAGGGCAGCUAGGCGCUGCUGGGAUGUGGCACGGCGAUUGGGGUGAAGGCUGGAUGUCGAUAUGAGAUUGCCUAACACACGCUCUUGACUUGUUGUGGUGAUGCUUGAUGAAGCUACUGGAAGACGGGUGAUACUGCUACGUGUGCUCUAGCAUGAUGUCUUGAACGUAACCUGUAUGUCAUGGACGAUGCCCUUGGAAGUAGGGCGUAGACAUCCGCGUAGUCAGGGACGAUGUACCCGUGGCUUUCGCGUAGUGCAAGUUUCUCGUUCCUCGAAAUUUGCCCCACUUCCACCUAACUAGUUAGGUGGCCGCCAUCUCAGUGCACCGGCCACCUCAACGCGUCAGUUGUACAUAGAUUAUUUGACACCGUGAUUGCUCCAUCAACAUCAUGG